GCCAUAUUGUAUAGAAAGCACCACUGGCACGUGAUUGCACAUUCCGGAAGCGCCGAACUAGGCAGAAACGUGUCACGUGCUACACGUUUCAGCUCCGGGCGGUGAUGACGUCUUCCCUGCCGAAGCUGAAAAAGGACCACCUCAUCUUCAUCGCCCUGGAUACAAAAAAAGCCUCUGAUCUCAUUCCCCCGCCCAGGAAAAUUACUCGUCUCCUCAUUCCAAGGCUCUGCAUUAUAUAUUCAGAGCUUGUUGCAGCCAUCCCUUGACUGCUUGGUACUGCCCUUGGCAAUUCUUAUCUUUUGUUUACCGCUUCAAGCUUCCCCCACAACCACACAUUGAUCGCAACCCCUGAACCUAUUUCCAUCCUCAAUUGUCGAAUCGGGGUAUUAAUUCCAGGCAAAAUGACUCUCUACUACAGUCUUGUUUUUUGCCUUCUCGUCUUCGAGAUGGUGAUCUUUAUUGGACUCAUCGUCCCUCUGCCUUUCACUAUCAAGCGGAAGUUGUUCACCUUCAUCUCUGAAAGUCCGAUAGUAGCGAAACUACAAUAUGGAAUGAAGAUUACAUUCAUAUUCAUUUUGAUUCUCUUCAUUGACAGCGUGAACCGAGUGUACCGUGUCCAGCUGGAGGUGACCAAUUUCUCUAAGGAGAACAUGGGAGCGGCCGCCCUUGGCACUGACCGCAUGGAAGUCCAGGCCCGGAAGUUCUACUCUCAACGUAACAUGUACCUUUGCGGCUUCACCCUCUUCUUGUCUCUCAUCCUCAACCGCACCUACACCAUGAUCCUAGAUGUCCUCCGCCUUGAAGACAAGGUCAAGACUCUUGAGGGUGACAAGAAGGCCGGCGGAAAGGACUCGGCCCGCCUUGCUGAAGCUGGAAACGCUGGCGAGAUCGGACGUCUGAAGAAGGAGCUUGAUGCUAAGAACCGUGACAUUGAGACCCUGAAGAAGCAAUGUGAGGGUCUUACCCGCGAAUACCACAGCCUGGGUGACAAGGUUGCCGGUAAGAGCGACGAUGGCGCCAAGAAGGAUCUGUAAAUCGAAUCGCCAGGCCCAAAAUGCAAAAGCAUUCUUGUGUAGUCUCAAGCGAACGUAUUGCAUGAGAUACGAAAGGAUCUUGGAGCAGCU